AAUUUAGUGUGUGCUCACUGGCACAGGCGUUAGUGACUCUUCUUACAAUUGCCCACAAUUAAUUGCAAUAAAAAAAAACAAUUGCUCGUUGUUAUUAUUUUUAGUUUUAGUAAUAAUAAAACUUUAAUAAAAAACUCACUGCUGCGGAUACACACACACAUAUAAAUACGAAGGAGAGAGCUGCGAGGGGACUCCCACGUAGAAUGUGAGAAAGAUGCGCAUGCGCGGUCGAAGAUUGCUACCGAUUAUCCUAUCGCUUGUUUUGAUCGUCCUGUUGAGUCUGUGCUACUUUUCCGGCCACUCAAGGGACUCGCCCGUCGACGAGUUCCUGCUGCACUUGCCCCCGGGAACAGAGGAGGAUCCCGAAAGCCAUCCGCCAUCAGCCAAUCCUCUUCUGAAUCUCACCGAUUUCCAGUAUCUCAUGCACAGCAAUGUGUGCCGAAAAGCGGAACGGGAACUCCUAGCCAUUCUAAUCGUAACAUCAUAUGCCGGCCACGAUGCUCUGCGAUCUGCCCACCGACAGGCCAUUCCCCAAAGCAAGCUGGCCGAGAUGGGCCUGCAGAGGGUCUUCCUCCUGGCCGCUUUACCCCAACGCGAGCGCUUCAUUAGCCAGGAGCAACUGGUCAGCGAACAUCAGCGUUUCGGGGACCUGCUCCAGGGUAACUUCGUCGAGGACUAUCGCAAUCUGAGCUACAAACAUGUUAUGGGACUGAAGUGGGCCUCCCAGGAGUGUAAGCAGCACGCCAAGUUCAUCAUUAAGCUGGACGACGACAUCAUCUACGAUGUGUUUCAUCUGCGAAGAUACCUGGAAGCCCUCGAAGUGGGCCAACCUGAGCUGGCCACCUCCAGCACUCUGCUAUCCGGUUACGUGCUGGACGCCAAGCCUCCCAUUCGCCUGAGGGCCAACAAGUGGUAUGUUACCAAAAAGGAGUAUCCACACGCUUUGUAUCCCGCCUACUUGUCCGGCUGGCUGUACGUGACCAAUGUGCCAACGGCCGAAAGGAUUGUGGCCGAGGCGGAGAGGGUCUCGCUGUUUUGGAUCGACGACACCUGGCUGACUGGCGUGGUGCGGACCCGCCUGGGGAUUCCCCUCGAGCGGCACAACGAUUGGUUCUCGGCCAACGCGGAAUUCAUCGACUGCUGUGUGCGGGAUCUCAAGCAGCAUGGCUUCGAGUGCGAGUACUCAGUGGGACCUAAUGGCGGGGACGACCGACUGCUGGUGGAGUUUCUGCACAACGUUGAGAAGUGCUACUUCGACGAGUGCGUCAAACGGCCGGCGGGCAAGUCGCUCAAGGAGACCUGCGUGGCGGCGGCCAAGUCUCGAGCCCCGGAGCAUGGUUUGGCUGAAGUAAAACCACUGCGACUGAGGUGACCUCAGUUCCCGGACGCAUCGGGCCCACCUUGAACCAGCUAAGCCACUCAGUAAUUAGUAUUUAGGGACUUCCACGUGCAAGAGGGCGAAAGAGGUAUCCUCCUUAAUAGAUAUCCAGCCUCAACCAUCUUAUUUUAAGGCAUAGCUAUAAAAUAUUGCAAUUUCAGAUCCUAGAGCUAGACUGUUUUUUCCCCAUUUGCUUUGAUUUGAAUUGAUUUGAUUUCUAUUUGAGACAGUUUUAGUAUUUAUGACUGCCGAAGUUUGAUUAAUAUUAAUUGAAGGGUGUUGAUGAAUUCAUAAUAAUGUGUAAACAGUAGCAUUUUUCAACUCCAACUGAACCGACUCCGUCCUCAUCAGUAUAUUAGAUCUUAAGUUUUGUCUUGCGAUAAAUUAUAGAUAAAAACUGCAUUUAUAAAAAACAAUAAAGAUUUAAUUUUUGCAAAAA